AUGGCUUUUCAGAACUUUGGUGAAAUUGACCCUCGUGGUGGUCAAAAUCAGGAUUCCGCCGACGGUGUUGGAUUGCCAAAACGAGCGGCACCGGCCAGCCGUCUUCCUGUCUACCACGCCGCUGCCGCAUCUCCUCCACCUCGUCCACCUCCUCCUAUGUAUCAGACACAUGGAGCUCAGUCAUACGGGACGCAAGUUUAUGGGAUGCAGCCGAGUUGGAGUAUGGUGGUACCGACGGGGGAGGUGAAUGGAUCGGGGUUCAUGCAGAGCCGUUUCUCAGUUGAACAUGACACAUCGACAGGAUUCAAUGGCAGUGUGUUUCCCCAGAUGCCUUUUUCACAGGCCCUCAAUUUCAACCCUCGUGCCAUCAGUGGCGGAGGGCUCGGUCGAGGAAUGGGAGACGCUACCACCGACCAGCCAGACAUCGCACUCGCCAACAGCAACAGCAACAGCAACAACAACAACAACAACAACAACAACAACAACGCCGGUGUCGUAAUGUAUGGGAUGGACGGGGUGUCUGAAGGGAACUGUUUGCAGCCAGAGGGAGAGUUAGCAGCACUGGUAUCUCCACAGAUGCUUGAGCAUGUCAUUCCUCCAUUGCCUGUGUCACAAGCCCUUAAUUACAACCCCUAUGUCAUCAGUGACGGAGGGCUUGACCAAGAAAUAGGACACGCUACCACCUACCAGCCAGACGUCACGCUCGCCCAUGGCAAUAGCGGUGUCGUAAUGUAUAGGAUAAGCGGGGUGCCUCAGGAGAGCAACUUGCAGCCUCAGGCGGAUGAGGAGCUAGUAGCAACACCAGCAUCUCCACAGAUGCUUGAGCAGUGA